UUAUCCUGAUUUUUUUUUUGUGUUGUCAAACAUUAGAUUUUGUUAGAUUAAACACCAGGUUUGAACCCACACUCUAUACUCAACACUUUUUCACCAUUGUGGUAAAGAGCCACUUUCCAAAGAGAUGGCAGCAACGGCGUCAUUUAGGUGGAUACUGCGGCUGCACAAGGACGUACCGAAAGCUGCUCGGUUCUAUGCGCAAGGCUUGGACUUCACCGUCGAUGUCUGUACUCUUCGCUGGGCGGAGCUGAAAUCCGGCCCACUCAAACUCGCUCUCAUGCAAUCCCCCAAUGAUCAUGUAAUGCAGAAGGGAAUGGGAAACUCUUCACUUCUGUCUUUCACAGUGACUGACAUUAAUCAAUCAGUGACGAAAUUAAUGGCAUUAGGCGCUGAACUAGAUGGUCCUAUCAAGUACGAAAUCCUUGGCAAGGUUGCGUCCAUGCGCUGUAUUGACGGGCACAUGUUAGGCCUCUACGAACCUGCCUAGGAGCUUCAUGUCUGAUUUAUGCAACUAGAUGUAGGUAGGCUGCUUGAAGCAUUUGUUAUGGCAUCUUGAAAUCUUCCGUGCACGUAGAGAAGAUGUGAGAGAUUUUUCCUUUUCUCGGGUUCCCUUCAACUAUCGACAGUGUUUGUUCGUCCAAGUCUAUCACGGCCGUGCAUAGUGUAUAAAGCAAUGGACCUGGAAACUCGGCAUGCAGUGUUACCACGAGUGUUUUGGAGGGAAGGAAAAAAAAAGGUUUUAGUUUAUGUUCUAGAUUACCUAUCAUGUAGAUUGGAUAUUUCGGGUCAUCCGUAUCUCCUAGGAGAGAUAGGAAAUUGUCUUUCGAUCUUUUACGUAGCGCAGCUGCUCUGCUUUGCCUUGCUAUUGAGUUUUCAUCUAGCAACUUCAUUGAAACAACAUGAUUUACUUUGUAAGAACUGAAGAAGGUUGAACCAUCAGUUUUAUAAUCUUUGGUGACCCUUCUGUGUGCUA